AUGGCUGUUGGAAAGAACAAGAGAUUGUCCAAGGGCAAGAAGGGUCUCAAGAAGAAGACCGUGGACCCCUUCACCCGCAAGGACUGGUACCAGAUCAAGGUAGGUCUCAACUCGCCGCGUAACUGCGGGCUCGAGGCAUCUGUCUAUGUUCUCAAAUCACUAAUUGCUUUUCUCCUACAGGCACCUGCCCCCUUCAACGUUCGCGAUGUCGGCAAGACCCUGGUCAACAGAACCACCGGUCUCAAGAACGCCAACGAUGCCUUGAAGGGCCGUAUCUUGGAGGUCUCUCUGGCGGAUCUCCAGAAGGACGAGGACCACGCUUUCCGCAAGGUCAAGCUCCGCGUCGACGAGGUCCAGGGCAAGAACUGCCUGACCAACUUCCACGGCCUCGACUUCACCUCCGACAAGCUCCGCUCGCUCGUUCGCAAGUGGCAGACUCUCAUUGAGGCCAACGUCACCGUCAAGACCACCGACGACUACCUCCUCCGCCUCUUCGCCAUUGCUUUCACCAAGCGCCGCCCCAACCAGAUCAAGAAGACGACAUACGCCGCCUCUUCGCAAAUCCGUGCCAUUCGCCGCAAGAUGACCGAGAUCAUCCAGCGCGAGGCCUCCACCUGCACCCUCACUCAGCUUACCUCCAAGCUCAUCCCCGAGGUCAUUGGCCGUGAGAUUGAGAAGUCCACCCAGGGCAUCUACCCCCUGCAGAACGUCCACAUCCGCAAGGUCAAGCUCCUCAAGCAGCCUAAGUUCGACCUUGGUGCCCUGAUGGGUCUCCACGGCGAGUCCGGCACCGACGACCAGGGACAGAAGGUCGAGCGGGAGUUCAAGGAGCGCGUUCUCGAGGACGUUUAA